AUGAUGUGGCAACUGUUUGACACGUUCGGGAUAUUCGUUGGUUUUGUCUGCUACUGGGUCUUUGAACGCAGCUGGAGAGGCAUUCUGGGAAGCGCUGCAGUUCCCGCACUGAUACUUCUGGCCCUGGUGUAUCUGUGCCCAGAGUCACCACGCUUCCUGAUCCGGAAGCGGGAAUACGCAAAGGCAUUCGUCUGCCUUCGCCAGCUGCGAGGGACCGAUAUCCAGGCUGCAAAAGACUUAUACUAUAUCCACAGCCAGCUGCAAGUCGAAACGGAGCUAUUCCACGGUAAACCACCAGAGCAAUGGUGGCGUGCGAAUCCGUACCAGGACGAAGUGGAAGCACAAUCAUUCUUCCAGAGAGUGAAAUCUCUGUUUACAGUUCCGCGAAAUCGUAGGGCCUGUAUGGCGGCCUUCUUGGUGAUGCUGGCUCAGCAGCUAUGUGGGAUCAAUGUUCUUUCGUUUUAUUCCUCGGAGGUAUUUCAAAGUGCUCAGAGUCUGGGGCAGGCAAGGCCUGGCCAGCUUCUUUGUAACGGGGCCGAGCCACAGCGCAAUGAUCAAGUUGCUUGGCUCAAUUUUGGUUUCGGAUUGGCCAAUUUUUUGUUUACGAUCCCGGCCUACAAAUUCAUUGACUGGAGGGGUCGUCGAGUUCUUCUAUUAAUAUCUCUCGGCGGCAUGUUCUUCACCCUUUUGGCAAUCAGUCUCUUUUUCCGUAUUGAUGACGCCAGCUCGCGAGAAGUAUUGGUCGCCAUAUUUGCUAUCGUAGUCUUUACUUUCUUUUACGGCAUUGGCGCCGGGCCUGUCCCGUUCACCUUUAGUGCUGAAGUGUUUCCUCUCGCGUUUCGAGAGGUUGGCAUGAGCUUCAGCGUCAUGGUGAACUUCAUCGGCCUCAGUAUAUUAAUCCUCUUUGUGCCCAGGUUGACGAUCAAAUUUACACCCAGCGGGAAGGAUGAUCUUUAUGGGCAUUCGAAUCUUCUUUUUGCCUUUACAACUCUCAAUGCAUUGGCGUUUGUCCUUGUGUUUUUCCUGGUCCCAAGCGGAACAGCGCAGAUUAGCCUGGAAGAAAUGAACCAUAUAUUCAAUAUAAAGACCGGGGAGCAUGCAUUUAACCAUCUCCCGAAAUUCGUGAAGGAGAGAUGCCACUCACGAGGCCACGACGAGCAAGAUCAGGAUGAUGCAGACGAGGAAAUGGGAAUUCCGUUUCGAACUGUGGCCAGGACUGUUUGA